AUGGAAGCCGAGAGCCGCACUGAACCCAAAAAUGAAUUCAUCUCAGAACAAAAUGCUGCUGGAGGAGAAGCAGCAGCAAAUGCAGCAGCAGCAGCAACAGCAACAGCAGCAGCAGCAGCUGAAGCAACGGCACCCAGCGGGACACCUGCAGCAGCAGCAAUGACAGUGUCACCAGAAGCAGCAGCAGCAGCAGCAGCAGAACAAGCUGCUGCACCAGCAAUAACAGAAGCAGCAAAUUCGCCACAAGCAACACCGCCGGCAAAAGCAGCAGCAGCAGCAGCAGCAGCAGCAAGCCCCUCGCUGCUGACUCGCAGCGUGUCUGUUGCUUCUUUAAAGAAUCGUCUCCUUUCCAUAGCUGGAGUCUCUUCUGCUUUAAAGCGGCAUUAUUCAUUUGCCAAUCCCGAAGCAGCAGCAGCAGCAGCUAAUGCUGCUGCUGCUGCUGCGGCGGCUGCUGCUGCUGCUGCUGCUGAUGCAAAUAAUGGGCGUGCCACUGCGACAGCAGCAAAGGCUGCUGCUGCCCCUGCGAGAGUAGCAGCUACACAUGUUCCUGUUGAAGCAGCGGCAGCAGCAGCAGCAGCUGCUGCUGCUGCUGCUCCUCCGAAUCCCGCUGCUGUUGCUGCUAACACUAGCAGCAGCCGCAGCAGCAGCCGACGCAGCAGCAGCAGCAGUAACAGCAGCAGCAACAGCAGCAGCACCAGCAGUAGCAGCAAAAGCAACAAUAACAGCGGCAGCAACAGAAGCAGCAGCCGCAGCAACAAAGAUGCCUCGCCUAAUCUGCUGCUGCAGCUAGAUGAGACUUUGUCUCUAAGCGAUUGCUUAGAUUGUUCUUACACAUUCCCAAGUGGUGCUGCUGCUGCUGCUGCUGCUGCUGAUGGUUCGUCUUCCAGCAGCAGCAGAAGCAGCAAGCUCAAACCCCGAAGCCGAAAAAGUCAAAUCAGCAACAGCAGCAGCAGCAGCUAUGGCCACCGCAGCAGCAGCAGAUACAGGAACAGCAAACUCAGGAGCAGCAGCAACAGACGCAGUACCAGCGGCCGCAUGCAGCAGCAGCAGCAGCAGCAGCGACAGCAGCAGCAGCUUCUGCUGCAGGAGCCGCCCCUGCUGCAGCUGGUGCCGCAGCGCAGCAGCAGCAAGGGUUCAGCAGCAGCAGCAGCAGCAGCAGAAGAUGAACAAAAGGCCAGGAGCUACAGCAGCAGCAGCAGAGAAGCAGCAGCAAAAAGAGACAAAGAGACACAAACAGAAACUUCCCCAAAUGGCUCUCCGUAA